AUGGGCUUGCAUGCAGUACCUAACGGUACCAACGGCAGCAAGUCCAUUGGCGGUGUUUGUGAUGGUCUCGGCGUGCUGCAGUCGCCUCCCGGAUCCUUAAUGACAUACCAUCGGCGGAUGCUGAAUAUACUUGGAUUGUCAAUGGGUUGGUGCCUUAUGAUCUCCGUCAUGUUCAUCCAGCUCAGCACUACCACCCUCGCUGCACGUGACUACACUGGCUCUGCCACCUCCACCCUACCUGCCGGCAUAAUGAUGGCCGCUGCCACGGUGUCUAUGACCCCUGGGUCACUCCUUAUGCAGCGAUUUGGCCGCAAACCUGUACUCCUUAUUUCCGCAGCUGCGGGCAUUGGCGGCGGGGUGCUCCUGGUCCUGGCAGCACAAUUUAAACUCUUGUGGCUGCUCAUAGUGGGCAGCAUUCCCCUCGGCGUCUGCUUCGCACAGGCCAACAGCUUGCGUUUCGCAGCCACUGAAUUCGCACCGGCUGGACAGCAGCACAAGGCCCUUUCGCUGGUGGUUACAGGAGCAGUGCUGGCAUGCGUGGUGGGGCCUGAGGUGGGUGGGUUAGUUGAUGCAGGUGGCGGUAUGAUGACGGCGAGUCCUCUGGCCAUUCGGGACUCCAAGUACAGCUUCGGAGAGACAACGCAGGUUAUCCAGGUUCACAUCAUCUGCAUGUUCCUCCCCUCGCUAUUCACCGGCGAUGUCAUUGGCCUCAUCACCGCCCACAUGACCAUGACCUGCGGCUCCGUGCUGCUAGCCGCCGGAGCUGCAAUCUUCUUCGCGGGGCAACACCUGCCCAUCUUUUUCGCCGGCAACUCAGUGGUUGGACUCGGCUGGAACUGGUCUUACGUAGGCGCCUCGGCUCUGGUCACCAACACCUACGACUCAACCACCAAGUUCGUGGCACAAGGCGUGAUGGACACUUUGGUGCUGUUCGGGACGGGGCUGUCGGGUGUGCUAGCGGGGCCGCUGUACAGCCGCCUGGGCUGGGGCGCCUACACAGCCUUCUUUGUGGGUUGGAGUGGUGUCAUGGUGACUGUGGACGUGCUGUUCCUGGUGGCCCUGCUGCGGCGGCGCAGGAAGGCUGCUGCUGCGGCGGCGGCAGGGAAGUAA